GCCUUUUUGUGUCACUGACUUCCUCUCUAGGCUGUGCUCACUUCCUCCUUCAGUCCCUGUGUCACUGUAUUUAGGGACAGCUUUAUUCAUACCGCUAUUGACAAUUUCCUGGACACUCUUUUGUAUCAUGCCCGUUACUGAAACUUGAAGGGAGAACAAGGAUGCAGAACAUCAAGUGUGUCGUGGUUGGAGACGGUGCGGUCGGGAAGACCUGCCUCCUGAUUUCCUUCACCACCAACGCCUUUCCUAAAGAAUACAUCCCCACUGUGUUUGACAACUACAGCGCACAGCUGGCCGUAGACUCUAAAGUAGUCAGCCUGAAUCUGUGGGACACCGCGGGGCAAGAGGAGUACGAUCGUCUCCGGACGCUCUCCUACCCCCAGACCAACGUCUUCAUCAUCUGCUUCUGCGUGGCCAGCCCCUCGUCCUACGAGAACGUCAAGCUAAAGUGGUUCCCCGAGGUGUCAGAACACUGUCCCAAUGUUCCCAUCCUGCUGGUGGGGACUAAAAAGGAUCUGAGAGAUGAUCCGGAGGUGCUGAAGAAGCUCAAGGAGAAGAACCUGUCGAUGGUGUCCCAGCAGCAGGGGACGGCGUUGGCCAAACAAAUCCAGGCCAGCAGGUACAUGGAGUGCUCAGCGCUCAACCAGGACGGGGUGAAGGAAGUGUUCACGGAAGCCGUUCUCUCUUUCCUCAAACCCAAAGCUCAAACCCGCAAGAAAUCGUGCGUAUUGCUGUAAAGCAGAUGGGACCUGCAUAUAUGUGUUUUUACGGGGUCAUUGUUUUAUCCUACCUGCUUUCAUGGCAUAAACGUAAAUGGGUGCAUGAAACACAUACCAAUAAGAACAUAUGACUGCAGUUUCCAAAAAAAAUGAAAACUAGAGGCAGUAAAACUCACUUUUUAUCUGCAUAAAAAUAAGCUGAAAUGGCACGGCUGCCUCAACAAAUCAUUUUAAUUUUUUUUUAAAUCAGUUUAGCAUUUGUUUACACUGUCAGGUGAGUUUAGGGUUGGAUUUGGAGUAGGAUAUAUUUCCUGCACGACGAUCCUGCUGCGAUACGUAACUAUAUCAACGUAAUAAAAACGUGCCAGGGUUCACGUAUUGAAUCUGCGUUUUAGUGCCACUUAGUGGACAUUUCUCUUUGAAACUGCGGCGAAACGCGCAGCAAGGUGCGUAAAAAUGAUGUUGCACAAAAAAACGCACAGAGGUACGAAUUUUUAUGAGACCAGGUUGGUUUUGUCACAUGUACAUAUGAACAAAAAAUCACGCUUAGUAAAAACUACAGAUGUCUUUACCUAUUUACAACAAAAUAUCAUACCAAGUGGUAUUUAUUUCAAGGUGAAAUAAAAGAAUGAAAGAUAUCAGGUGUCAAGUAAUAAAACAAUAGAAAUACUUUGUAAAUGCUAAAAAUAAUGGAUUGAUUCGGUGGGGCAAAUUUAUAAUCGAUCAGACAAAAAAACGUUUAAUUGUUAAGAACGUUGUCUUUAGUGACACAUUUCAUGUCAUCUGAAUUUUUUCACUGUUUUGAAUUGAAUGAACAUGUUUCUUUUAAUUUAGAGGAACUUCAAUAUAACUGAAACUGGGCUGGGGAUUUUUAUUUCCCAGCACGCUUUGCCAUGGCACUCAAAUGGAGAGUACAUGCUAAAAUGAAAUGUUAGAUAUUGUGUGUGUGUGUGCGCAAAAAUGUGGUAUUUAGUAGUGUUUAAUGUUUUGUUGUGCUAAUUUGUUGAAUUUGUUGUGCCUUUGCACGAAGGUAUACUGUAUGUUGAAUGUUAAAUGUAUUGCCUUACUUAUUAAGCUAUUGCUAUGCUAAUCAAAGUCAUGUGUUACAUGUUAGCAUCUAGCUACUUAUAGUUUAAAUGCCCACUACUAAAAUAUUUUAAUUGAGAAUACUUGAUAGGUCGAAGUGUAUUCAAAACGUAUGUAACAGUAGUUUACUCAAUUAUUUUAUAUUGUAAGAGCAAUUAAUAUGGAAAAUAACAAUCUCUAAAGAGGUUCUCUUAAACUGUACGUGCCUUGAAAAUAAAAAGAUUUUUAUUCAAACUUUUUAUUUCAAAAACACUUAAAAAAUUUGCUUUGCAACAUAUAAAACAUUUUCAAAGUUGUAACCCAAAGAAAGAUUGUUGGACUGUAUUUUACGAGAAAAUGCUAUCUUAGGUUUUUUUUUUUUUUUUUUUUACUUGAAAAAGUUCUUUUUUACUUUUGAUGUUUCUUUGUAAUCAUUUGUGAAAUUUUACUAGCAUUUACUACAAUGCUUCUACUUGUUUCUGGUAAUUUUGUUUUCAUCAUUAAAAUAUUAUAUAUAUAUUCUGUCUAAUAUAUACAUAUAUUGU